AUGUCUCCCAAAGAAUCCACCCGUAUCUACCAGUCCAUCUCCGAGAUGGAUAUUGAAGAAGUCGAUCUUGAAAAUGAGUCUGACACUACCCUCGGAUCACAUGAAAAAUACACAUUCUCAAAAAGUUCUUCCCCUUCGCAUUUCCGUAAGAUAUUUAACGAUAAAAAAUCCUGCAGGAGAUUGAAUAUUGUUUUAAUUUGGGCACGAUGGGGUGUUGUUAUUGCGAUGCAGAGUUUGAUCGUAUUUUUGUUAUUGAGGAAUGGAAGAAAGAGCGAGGAGAAUAAUGAGGAGGGCUGGGUACCAGCCGACACAGAAACUGGCGGCGAUAUUAAUGGGCUUUAUGUUCCUCAAUCUCAUAAAUGGACACUCCUUAAAGGAGAAGAAUCAUCUUUCUUUCCAAAUAUGACAAGUAAUGAUGAUCGAAUGCAAAUUCGUCAUAACUGGGAUAUGUUAAUGCCAUUGGGUAGUGGAACUGUCAAAAUUCCCGAUUAUGAACAACAUCCCAUGUUAGGUAAACCUAUCGUCGAUGACCCUAUCCGUUCCGGUCCUAUAUUCGAAGCGUCAUGGACCCAUGCCUUACAUUGCCUUUACUAUACAGUAGACACCUAUCAUCAACUGGUCCUCUCUUCCGGUCAAACUUUUGGAUUCGACGGCGCUCGAAAUGACAUGCAUGCCUCGCAUUGCUUUGAAUAUUUGCGCAAUCAGAUAUUGUGUAUGGCAGAUAUGACGCUGGAGGGAAGUGAAAGUGUGCUUGACGCUACGGGGGAGGGACAAGCACAUGUUUGUAGGAAUAGGAAGGAGGCUAUUGAGUGGAUUGAAGAGAGACGGAUGGAUGACAUCCAGAGUAUUGUUGGACCUUAA